AUGUCGAUGAAAGAUGAAAAUAAGGAUGCAGAUGGCGAGAAAAUCCCACAGUCAAUGCAGGGCCACCUGAUCGGGGUGUCAAGGUAUGUACCGAAGUAUGUAUACAGGGAUGAAAGAAUGGGGGGAAGGUUCGGGGAGAGCUGGCCACAGUUCGUUACACCCGAUUUCUUCGUUUCGCCGGUGGAGUCGUGCCAAGCCCAGCCAACGUACGAUGACACCCAAAGUGGAUUAGCCACAGCGAGCCGGAGUUCUGGAAAUGUAGUGACUACAAACCGUGAUUGGGUGAUCGGGCGGGGACAGGAUAAGAUCCCCACCCCGAUCCGGCACUGGCUGUUCAUGUUUAUUGCAGUCGUGCAGCAGGGAUGGAGAAAUAUCUCCAUACCUCAGAGGCACCGUCUUAGGCAAGAAGGUCCAUGUUGGCAUGGCAUACAGAGUUAUUCAACAUGUGUUGGUCCAUACCGACAUAUGACAGAUAAAGACUCGGUCUGUCAGAGGAUGUUGUUCUAA